UGCGCCUGUAUGUGUGUGCGUGUCGUCAUUGUUUUCCAAAAUGACAUAAAACCGCCGUUGGACGCACGAACCAAAUGUAAUAGCAGUCAUAUAGUUGGCAAAGUAGACUAAUCGUCAAAUAUGACAGUGCCAUAACAUGAAAUGGGUCGUGAACCAACAUCGGGUGGCUCACCGUCAAUUUGCCGCCACGCAGGGUUUCUCGAGCCAGGAAGCUAUUUUAAGCUAAACGCUAACUAGUUGUCUCGUAGUGGGCUCCUGGUUUAACGGUGGGUUAAGUGGGAGGACACAGGGAUGCCAAGAACAUGCAAACUCCACGCAGACAGGGCUGGAAUUUGAACCCCGGUUCUCAGAACUUUUUCUUCAAAGAGAAAACGGAAACCAUAGUGCAAGGGAGUAUGAGUCUUAAAACACAGCUUGAAAGGCCUGUUCUUUCCCCCAAAAAAACAAAGAUAGACAAUGCAGUGACUAACAACAAUACAAGCCCAUAUGACCUCCUAGAGGCUUUUACAUCACAAACCAUUGAUUCCCCAUCUUUGUCCUCACCCACGGAUGCAGACCUAAUAUACUCAGAACAAAAUGGACACAUUCCACCCACAACACCUUGUGAGCAAAUUCAAAACUCUGAACUAACUGUCAGACCUCAGGCUGAAGUCACAAUUUCAAAGAUACCCGAAGUCUCUGUUACCACUGAAGAGAGUCACUUCCUUCAUAUAAGACAAUAUGAUCAGCUAUACAACCUUUGCCCAAGCCCAUUAUCAGCGUCUCUCACUUUGAAAGACAGUACUGCUGACAUGUCUGGUCAUCCCAAGGGUCAACUACUGGAAAAAACACUUGAAGACAAAGCUCCUGCUGAUUGCUGCGUGUUUUUAAAAAAUGGAAUGUCGAAUGAUCCGGCAGUCAGAUAUCAGUUCGAUUUAUCUUGUGACUCCGACCGACAUGAUGCUGUUUCGAGUACAUGGACCCAAUCUGCUGUAUUUGAUGAGAGUAAUCAGAGGGUUGAGGAUUUUCUUGAUACUAUCUCCCAAAAGAGAGUGAAAGAGCAUGAGGGAGUGACAUCUUUUUUCAGUUUUACUGAGGAGUUUCAAUUAUUAGUCUCUCCACCUGACGAGGACAUCCCCAUAAUGUUGUUAGAAGACAAAAGAAUAUUGGAGAUGUGUGAUAGUUCUGUUGCGUGUGACUUGGAAACAAAUGACCAUGGCAACGAAGGAAGGAGCAACAUCUCCUCUCCCGUUCAAUGUGCUGAGGUGUCACUUAAAGCUUACCACGCUACACCAGGCAAGUUCUUUUUGACUGAUACAGGAAGCUUUGAUAACUUAGGACAUGCAAAAAGAGAGCAUUUUGAGAAGGCAGUCAAAAAAGAGAAGGAAAGAGUUGAUCACUCGCCAGAGAAUGACAUGUCUGUGAGAAUCAGCAAAGAGUCUGCUGAAAUAGAUAAUGAUGCAGACCCUUACAGAGUAAUUGAGCUUGGAAUCUGGAGCAAAACUGUCAGGGAGACUGAAGGGAAUUACUGUAACUCUGAGAGUACUGCAGGUGAAGAAUUACUUCCAUCAGUAAAGGUCUGUGAGUUGGAAAUACCUCUUUCUACCACAUCUGAUGUCAGACCACUAUUGCUGACUUUGGAUCAGACAGUUCUGUCUCUUAACCAGAACAGACCACUGCAACAUGGAGAUGAAAAAGAGAACUUUAAUGAGUUAUAUUCUGUUCCAUCCAUUCUGACGCAUAACACAUGUGGCUAUGAAGGCCGUUGUCUUCCGACAUCAAAUGCUAACAUUAGUUCACAAAAGACUACAAAUCCUCUUCCAACAGUGGAUGAAAGAGAACAGAUCUGUGGUAGUUUGGAACAGAGCAGCUGUUUGGCUGUCACCUGCGACCAACUAAAGGCCCAGCAUGUUAAACAUUUACCACCUAGAACUUGUAUAAUGGAUGAGCCCAAGGAAACCAAACAAUUGACAGGCCAAAUAAAAUCGGAGAUGUUGCUGCAACAAAAUGGACCGAACAAUGAGGACAUGACUGAAGAACAACUAGUGGAGUGCAUGACCGAGGACACCAAACUGACACCAGGAGAUGAAUCGAAACAUGGAAUCACAGACUGCAGUUUCCCUAAAUACCAGAAAACAGUGGAGAUACUGGAGUACAAAUAUGAGCUUUUGUCAGUGUGCUUUCGUUCAGUCAGGGAUGCAGUCGUACCAGGCCCUCAAGAAUUAAGCCCCACACAUCAUUCACGAAACAUGGACUGCAACAUGGCUCAAAAUUGGAUUGACAGAUUCUCCUCAGUGCCAUCUGCCUCCGCUAUGUACACCCGUGUGCCAGGGAGCUUUGACAACUUCCACAAGAUCCAACUGUCACCAGAUUAUGACGAGGCUGGCCAAGGCAACUGCUGUCUUCUCACCAGCUUGGAUGUGGAGCUAAUGAAAUCCACACAAAUGGACCACUCCAUGCUCAAAGCAGAGGAUGAGCAGGAUGAUAUGCCAAAAGAGAUGGAGGAAGACCAAGUCUCCGAGGAGGGGGUUAAAGUUGAGUGUCACACUGAGGAUUUAGCCAGUGGAGGCAUUAACACUGAUACUCAGAGUAUUAAACAUGUAUCAGGGGAAGACAUUGUUGCUUUACAGUUUUCCAAUGAUGCCACUGGGAACAACAGCACACCCCCCGACUCUAUGCGGUGCCUCGAGUUUGAGAUGAAAAAAGAGUUCGACUUGGUCUUAAAGGAACUAAAUGUGUAUUUUGAUAUCUGUAAAAGGGAAUUUACAUGUAACAAUGGGACACCACCUGAGCAGCACAGUGAAGUGCCGUGGAAUGAAGUCUGUAAGACCAGUUACCUCAGCAGCCCAGAACUGGCUCUCCACAGAGAGCCAACUCUAGAUCUUGAUGAAGACUGUAGCACUGAAAUAUGUGGAACAGAUCCAGAGACUUGUCAAAUAACCUGCCGUGGAGGAGAACAGGAAGUGCCCAUUGGCUGCCACAUGUCCUCAAAAGCAUCACAUCUUGUUGCAGAGAAACGCAAAGAGCUCCAGCAGACAGAUCUGAAAAGGACAGCGUGGUCACCGUCCUUCAGGUGUCUACCUCUCAUGCAGCCACAAAGCAACACAUCUUUGUGGGAACCCAAGAGACUGCCGCCUCUGAGGACAUGCACACGGCCAAUCCGACUCGGACUGUCCAAGAAAGCCAAGCCCAAAUCCUUGCACAAUUUCCACCCAUACAAAUGAACCCAGAAAAAAAAUGAUGAGAGAAGAAUUCUCAAAUAUUCACAGGAACUACUCUGACUCAGUCCAUUCAUCAUUUUGCGGUUCUGUAAUGUUGCAGUAAGUUUGCUGUUUUUCCAUGUUUGCAUUAAUACUCAUAGAAAGUUCUAAAACACAAUACUAGCUAUUACUGCCUGUCUUUAUAUUGUUUCAGAUAUUUAUAUUUAUAUUUAUACACUUCCUUUUGAAAUGUUUAUGUAGCUUGAAAAUA